AUGGCGGUUCUUGUGGGGUGCCGAGUUCUUCUGCAAGCUAUUCGACCCCAAACGGGUACCCUCGAGGGAGUGCGCAGAUUGCCGGAGCAUGCGAAGUCUUUGCACAAUGUCCUCAACAACAAACUACUGUGCAUUCGUCCGACAAGCAAUGGAGCGACCCGUCAUUACAGCUCCGAUAUUAAGGAUGACUUGAGCAUUAGAUAUCUGGACGGAGAAGAUUCAGGUAGCUAGCCAUUGCAAUUAGUGUAUAAAACAAUCCCAAAUCGUGUUGAUGGUGUAAGACGACUUUGUUUCAGAAAGUGUUGCCAAAUCAAAUAGCUAUAACAACUAAACGCGACACGUUUGAGUUGCCUGCAGAUAAAGCUGCUCUGUUAGCUGCUACGCUAUCUGUUGCUCAACGUCAUAACUUGUCAAAACAAUGUUAAAAUGCCUAAUCCUUGAAAGAGAAACAUUGUUCCUCAAUAGUUGUUACAAUGUCCUAAUUACCAAACGUUGAAAGAAAACGUCGAGAACGAAUCCUAUGUCACUAGUGUAGACUGCAAAAUUAAUGCUGUGGUGAAACCACUAAUCACAUGCAUGACCUAUUGGCUAAUGGUCCUCUGUAGCUCAACUGGUAGAGCAAGGUAGUGGGUUCGAUCCCCGGGACCACCCAUACAUAAAAAUGUAUUCACGCAUCACUGUAAGUCGCUUUGGAUAAAAGCGUCUGCUAAAUGGCAUAUUAUUAUUAUAAAAAGAGGAUUUGAAUGACUGACACACAACACUGAAGAAAGCUUGAAAACGGCCAUUAUUGUCUUUAUUUUUGUAAUUUUUCGGGAGGCUAUUUUUGGUAAAAAGAUUCCCAACUGAUCCAAUUGUAAAUCUAGAUAAAUCAUCUCUCCAAAAAUAUUUGUCACGUUUUCUCUAGCAAUGUCAGAGAUAACUAUCCAGAAGUCAAGUAAGUAGCAAUGUGGUCCUCUGUAGCUCAGCUGGUAGAGCAUGGCGCUUGUAACGCCAAGGUAGUGGGUUCGAUCCCCGGGACCACCCAUACACAAAAAUGUAUGCACGCAUGACUGUAAGUCGCUUUGGAUAAAAGCGUCUGCUAAAUGGCUUAUUAUUAUUAUUAGCAAAGCCCUUUAAAACUUUUUCAAUGGAAAUGCCCACAACAUCCAUGCUCAAACUGACUGCAAGGUGUUUGUCAGUGUCAAUUUCUUGACUCUUGCAAAAUCUCACCACCUCCCACCCUUGUGAUCUUGUCCUAAGGGUGUCCCAUGUCAAUAUAAAUGAUGAGUUUGCUGUUUGCUAUUGUCCCUUCAAUCCCCAGUCCAGGACUUGCCAGUGAAUGUCAAAAGUAUUUUGCUCAAUUCCUUGCCUACUUCUCAAAAUAAAACGUUAGUUUUAUUUAGUAAAUAUUUUCUUAACUCUUAUUUUUCUUAAAACUGCAUUGUUGGUUAAGGGUUUGUAAGUACGCAUUUCACGGUAAGGUCUACACCUGUUGUAUUCGACGCAUGUGACGAAUACAAAUUGAUUUGAUUUGAUUGAGGAGGCAAGGAAAAUCCUGGAGGAAUCCAGGAAAACAUUUUUGAGAUUCACCCAUGGCCAUUGCCUUCUGUUUAGAGACAUGGAACCAAUAAUACAUUCCCAUGAGCCUCUGGGGCACAGUGCCAUAAUAUUAUUGAUGGUAUUCAAUAUUUUGUUGGUUAAGGGCUGUAAGUAAGCAUUUCACUGUAAUGUCUGCACCUGUUGUAUUCGGCGCAUGUGACCAAUAAAAUUUGAUGAUCACAGACCUAGUAAGUAAUGGUGAUGUCUAUAUUGAUUUAUGCCACACCAGAUUAUAUAAUUUCCGUAUUAUAUUUACAUUUUAGUCAUUUAGCAGACGCUCUUAUCCAGAGCGACUUACAGUUUAGUGAGUGCAUACAUUUUUUCAUACUGGCCCCCCGUGGGAAACGAACCCACAACCCUGGCGUUGCAAGCGCCAUGCUCUACCAACUGAGCUACAGGGGACUCUUAUCAACCACAGAACUUGGAAUUUUGCACAUCUGAAAAUGAUGGCGGUUGGUGAACUAAGAACAGAUAAUCAGCUUGAACAGGUACAAUGGGAUAAUUUAGUUUUUCUCCAGAAUAAGUUAGGUAAAGUGGCAUUUCCAUUACUUUGAAACUUUGUUUUAUUAUUCUUUAUGCCCUUCCUGGCUACAUUCAAUCAGUAUUGCAAUAAAAGUAAUGGUGGUCCAUGACUGUAAAUGACUGUUCUCCCACUGCUUAGGAGAAAAUAUAAUGAUGAGCAAACGCAUGCCUUCCACUGUUCAAGUAAGACAAAGACCUUACCAUUUGUCGGCUUUAAAUGGACCAAAACAAAACAAACCUAAAUACAUCCAGAAGGGUUAUUUAGGGGACUGGAAGCAAUGUCAAUAUCAACUGCUCACAAUGAUUGUUUCAUCUCAACACAAAUGCUACAAAUUAUUAUAUCAUAGUACUAUGGGUGUACUAUAUUAUAUCAUAGUACUAUGGUACUGUACUAUAUUAUAUCAUAGUACUAUGGGUGUACUAUAUUAUAUCAUAGUACUAUGGUACUGUACUAUAUUAUGUCAUAGUACUAUGGUACUGUACUAUAUUAUAUCAUGGUACUGUACUAUAUUAUAUCAUAGUACUAUGGUACUGUACUAUAUUAUAUCAUAGUACUAUGGUACUGUACUAUAUUAUAUCAUAGUACUAUGGUACUGUACUAUAUUAUAUCAUAGUACUAUGGUACUGUACUAUAUUAUAUCAUGGUACUGUACUAUAUUAUAUCAUAUAUCAUGUUUGUUAUUCAUGGUCCCUCUCUGUCUGUUAUUCAUGGUCCCUCUCUGUCUGUUAUUCAUGGUCCCUCUCUGUCUGUUAUUCAUGGUCCCUCUCUGUCUGUUAUUCAUGGUCCUCUCUGUCUGUUAUUCAUGGUCCCCUCUGUCUGUUAUUCAUGGUCCUCUCUGUCUGUUAUUCAUGGUCCUCUCUGUCUGUUAUUCAUGGUCCCCUCUCUGUCUGUUAUUCAUGGUCCCCUCUCUGUCUGUUAUUCAUGGUCCCCUCUCUGUCUGUUAUUCAUGGUCCCCUCUCUGUCUGUUAUUCAUGGUCCCUCUCUGUCUGUUAUUCAUGGUCCUCCCUGUCUGUUAUUCAUGGUCCCCUCUCUGUCUGUUAUUCAUGGUCCCCUCUCUGUCUGUUAUUCAUGGUCCUCUCUGUCUGUUAUUCAUGGUCCCCUCUCUGUCUGUUAUUCAUGGUCCCCUCUCUGUCUGUUAUUCAUGGUCCCCUCUCUGUCUGUUAUUCAUGGUCCCCUCUCUGUCUGUUAUUCAUGGUCCCCUCUCUGUCUGUUAUUCAUGGUCCCCUCUCUGUCUGUUAUUCAUGGUCCCCUCUCUGUCUGUUAUUCAUUGUCCCCUCUGUCUGUUAUUCAUGGUCCCCUCUGUCUGUUAUUCAUGGUCCUCUCUGUCUGUUAUUCAUGGUCCUCUCUGUCUGUUAUUCAUGGUCCCCUCUCUGUCGGUUAUUCAUGGUCCCCUCUCUGUCUGUUAUUCAUGGUCCCCUCUCUGUCUGUUAUUCAUGGUCCCCUCUCUGUCUGUUAUUCAUGGUCCCUCUCUGUCUGUUAUUCAUGGUCCUCCCUGUCUGUUAUUCAUGGUCCCCUCUCUGUCUGUUAUUCAUGGUCCCCUCUCUGUCUGUUAUUCAUGGUCCUCUCUGUCUGUUAUUCAUGGUCCCCUCUCUGUCUGUUAUUCAUGGUCCUCUCUCUGUCUGUUAUUCAUGGUCCCCUCUCUGUCUGUUAUUCAUGGUCCCCUCUCUGUCUGUUAUUCAUGGUCCCCUCUCUGUCUGUUAUUCAUGGUCCCCUCUCUGUCUGUUACACAUGGUCCUCUCUGUCUGUUAUUCAUGGUCCCUCUCUGUCUGUUAUUCAUGGUCCUCCCUGUCUGUUAUUCAUGGUCCCCUCUCUGUCUGUUAUUCAUGGUCCCCUCUCUGUCUGUUAAUCAUGGUCCUCUCUCUGUCUGUUAUUCAUGGUCCCCUCUCUGUCUGUUAUUCAUGGUCCCCUCUCUGUCUGUUAUUCAUGGUCCCCUCUCUGUCUGUUAUUCAUGGUCCUCUCUGUCUGUUAUUCAUGGUCCCCUCUCUGUCUGUUAUUCAUGGCCCCCUCUCUGUCUGUUAUUCAUGGUCCCCUCUCUGUCUGUUAUGCAUGGUCCUCUCUGUCUGUUAUUCAUGGUCCUCUCUGUCUGUUAUUCAUGGUCCUCUCUGUCUGUUAUUCAUGGUCCCCUCUCUGUCUGUUAUUCAUGGUCCUCUCUGUCUGUUAUUCAUGGUCCCCUCUCUGUGGUUCUAACAUGUUAUCUAUCUUUUAGGGAUUGUCGUCUUUGGGAUCAAUCGACCAAAGCAAAAAAAUGCCAUCAGCAAAAACCUUGUGAUUAGGGUAUGUAUGGACAUCAGUGAGGUAGCCUAGAUCAAGUAUGGCUGUUAUUAGCACCCAUUUUCAUCAUGAUUGUGUUCUCUGUUAGAUGACUGAGGCUGUGGAGAGUGUGAAAAAGAACAACAAAGUGCGGACUGUCAUCAUUUGUAGUAUGGUGCCUGGGAUAUUCUGUGCAGGUACACAACAGCUUAAUAUUUUGGGUGAUGAUGGGGUUAGACAGUUUGAACUGUGUCCUUGAUGCAUUUACUGUGUAAGUGAUAUUCUUAAUAAUUCAAUGGGUAUGUCGUUAAUUUAAAAGGCCAAUAUUUAUAUGUGUAUUUUUGAAUAUUUCCUGCAUGUAUUAUUAUUUUUAUUUUUUUUAGAAAUCACGGGUGUGGAAUCAGUUUAUCGGUAGCCAUAAUCUGUGUAAAUCAUUGUUGCUUUUAUGCUGUCUGUAACUCCUCACCAAUUGAUGUAACCUAUGUCGUAGCCUAGAUACUGGCUGAAAAACAGAAAAUGUUUCACAUUUUCAUUCUAUUAGAAGAUUUAUUGGAUUCAGGCAAAUGUAAUGCAUUCUACUGAUGCACACACACACAAAAAAAAUGUUUUUGCAAGUAUGAUUAUGACAUGUUGUUUUCUCUGUACAGGUGCGGACCUUAAAGAGCGGGCCAAAAUGCACCAAAGUGAAGUGGGACCCUUUGUGUCCAAAGCAAGGGCACUAAUCUCAGAACUUGGUGAGGGAAUCGAUGACGACGUACAGUACCAGUCAAAAGUUUGGACACACCUACUCAUUCAAGGGUUUUUCUUUAUUUUUUACUAUUUUCUACAUUGUAGAAUAAUAGUGAAGACAUCAAAACUAUGAAAUAGCACAUAGUAGUAACCCCAAAAGUGUUAAACAAAUCAAAAUAUAUUUUAUAUUUGAGAUUCUUCAAAGUAGCCACCCUUUGCCUUGAUGACAGCUUUGCACACUCUUGGCAUUUUCUCAACCAGCUUCAUGAGGUAGUCACCUGGAAUGCUUUUCCAACAGUCUUGAAGGAGUUCCCACAUAUGCUGAGCACUUGUUAGCUGCUUUUCCUUCACUCUGCGGUCCAACUCAUCCCAAACCAUCUCUAUUGGGUGGAGGUCGGGUGAUUGUGGAGGUCAGGUCAUCUGAUGGAGCACUCCAUCACUCUCCUUCUUGGUCAAAUAGCCCUUACACAUCCUGGAGGUGUGUUUUGGGUCAUUGUCCUGUUGAAAAACAAAUAAUAGUCCCACAAAGCGCAAACCAGAUGGGAUGGCGUAUCGCUGCAGAAUGCUGUGGUAGCCAUGCUGGUUAAGUGUGCCUUGAAUUCUAAAUAAGUCACCAGCAAAGCACCCCCACACCAUCACACCUCCUCCUACAUGCUUCACGGUGGGAACCACACAUGCAGAGAUCAUCCGUUCACCUACUCUGCGUCUCACAAAAACACUGAGGUUGGAACUAAAAAUCUCACAUUUGGACUCAUCAGACCAAAGGACAGAUUUCCACCGGUCUAAUGUCCAUUGCGCGUGUUUCUUGGCCCAAGCAAGUCUCUUCUUCUUAUUGGUAUCCUUCAGUAGUGGUUUCUUUGCAGCAAUUCGACCAUGAAGGCCUGAUUCACGCAGUCUCCUCUGAACAGUUGAUGUUGAGAUGUGUCUGUUACUUGAACUCUGUGAAGCAUUUAUUUGGGCUGCAAUCUGAGGUGCAGUUAAUUGCCGAUUUCUGAGGCUGGUAACUCUAAUGAACUUGUCCUCUGCAGCAGAGGUAACUCUGGGUCUUCCUUUCCUGUGGCUGUCCUCAUGAGAGCCAGUUUCAUCAUAGCUCUUGAUGGUUUUUGUGACUGCACUUGUAGAAACUUUCGAAGUUCUUGACAUUUUCCGUAUUGACUGACCUUCAUGUCUUAAAGUAAUGAUAGACUGUCGUUUCUCUUUGCUUAUUUGAGUUGUUCUUGCCAUAAUAUGGACUUGGUCUUUUACCAAAUAGGGCUAUCUUCUGUAUACCAACCCUACCUUGUCACAACACAACUGAUUGGCUCAAACGCAUUAAGAAGGAAAUAAAUUCCACAAAUUAACUUUUAAGAAGGCACACCUGUUAAUUGAAAUGCAUUCCAGGUGACUACCUCAUGAAGCUGGUUGAGAGAAUGCCAAGAAUGUGCAAAGCUGUCAUCAAGGCAAAGGGUGGCGACUUUGAAGAAUCUCAAAUAUAAAAUGUGUUUUGAUUUGUUUAACACUUUUUUGGUUACUACAUGAUUCCAUAUGUGUUAUUUCAUAGUUUUGAUGUCUUCACUACUAUUCUAUAACAUAGAAAAUAGUAAAAAAUUAAGAAAAACCCGUGAAUGAGUAGGUGUGUCCAAACUUUUAACUGGUACUGUAUUUUAUAGGGCCGGGACGAUACCAGUAUCGCAAAAUUUCUUCCAAUCCCAAAAUGAAAACAGGAAGCAGACCAAACACUUUGGUCCUUCAAACAGACGGAUUCUGAUGAAAACAGGAAGCAGACCAAACACUUUGGUACUUUAAACAGACGGAUUCUGAUGAAAACAGGAAGCAGACCAAACACUUUGGUACUUUAAACAGACGGAUUCUGAUGAAAACAGGAAGCAGACCAAACACUUUGGUCCUUCAAACUGACGGAUUCUGAUGGGGAUCUUUGUAUUAUGCUAAUUCGAUUUUUCGCGGGGGCACGGACAUCGACUCUAAAGGGUUAAAAACCUGCUGUAUGUAAAAUAUUGUGUCUUAUAGCUUGGAAAAUUUAUAAAUUUGACUGGAUGACAACAUAAUGUUUGUUUCCAACAUUAGGGAUGUUUUCCUAAAGAAGUUAAAUCCGCUUUGUGUUUUGUUUCCUUUCCACGAUAUUAACUAGUAUCGUCCCGGCCCUAGUAUUUCACACAAAUGAGUCUGGUUUUCUCUCCUAGUCCGCCAAGCGGACAUAAUGUCCCAAAUUGUUUCAUGUUCACAAAGCAGCACAUGAAUCAUUUCAUCAUCCUCGAAUCCAUUCUAUUCAUUGAUGAUAAUUUUGUCUUGUUCAUUUCCUGUGGUUAUAAAUUCAUGCCAGGUGGACUGGAAUGAGAUGACUCAUUUUAUUCCAUUUUUAGAGCCUUGUUAUUCACUAGGCCAAGGGGUGUUAAACUCUUACCCCACGAGGUCCGGAGCCCGCUGGUUUUCUCUUCUACCUGAUAAUUAAUUGCACCCACCUGGUUUUCCAGGUCUAAAUCAGUCCCUGAUUACAAAAGAACAAUGAAAAAAACACAGUGGAACUGGCUUUGAGGGGUUGAGUUUGAGGGCACUAGGGCUAUAUGGGAUUAACACUCAGAUGCCACACUACCUACAUCGUUUAGAGAAGCUGAUAGUCUAUACAUGCCUCAUACUUUUAUCCUGAUGCAUCCAGGUUUCCCUACGUCUCUGUUCUUUCACAAAAAAUCCAUACACGAAGUUGCUUUGUUUUAAAGAUGACAUAAACCCAUACCAAUGUAUUUAAACAUUGGCUAUAAGCUUUAGUGCUUCAGGGAGAUUUAGUCAUAUCGCCUGUACACAUUUUACACUACUGUGAUCGAGGGCUAAGGACACAUUGCUAAUUCGUAGCGUCGUCAUUUAUACCUCUUUCAUUUGUAUUGUUUUAUAUUGUGGAUGUGUGUGAGACAAGUCUUCAGAGAGAUGAUCUGAAGAGAGUACACCAUGUUUUCUUUAUUUUCUUUGUGUCUGCUGGAGAAAAAUGUUUUCCAUCAUACUCCAUUUGACAAAUACCCCCCCCCCCCGUCCCGUCUCUAUGUAGGUAAUCUGCCCAUGCCAACGAUCGCAGCUAUCGAUGGAGCUGCCCUUGGUGGGGGUCUGGAGAUGGCUCUGUCCUGUGACAUCAGAAUUGCC